AUGGCUGAACCAGACUACAUAGAUGAUGACAAUCCUGAGUUAAUUAGACCUCAGAAAUUAAUUAAUCCUGUGAAGUCAUCCCGGAAUCACCAAGAUCUCCAUAGAGAGCUGCUUAUGAAUCAGAAAAGGUAA